UGGCUCUGAAGUUCAUUUACUUGGCUUUUGGGGCUGCUGCUGCAGCAUUUCUGCAGAUGUCUUGCUGGAUGAUCACUGGAGAGAGACAGGCUGCAAGAAUUAGAAGUUUAUACUUGACAACAAUAUUAAGGCAAGAUGUUAGCUUUUUUGAUAAAGAAAUCAACAGUGGGGAAAUUAUUGGGAGGAUGUCAGGUGAUACUGUGAUCAUCCAAGAGGCAAUGGGUGAGAAGAUAGGAAGUUUUAUCCAGUUAGUUGCAACAUUCAUAGGUGGCUUUGUUAUAGCAUUUUCUGAGGGAUGGCUUCUCACCCUUGUCAUGCUAUCCUCUAUUCCACCUCUUGUCUUCUCUGGUGCUGUCAUGAACCAUUUCGUAGUGAAAUUGGCGUCCCGUGGACAAGCUGCAUAUUCAGGAGGAGCAACUGUGGUAGAACAGACAAUUGGUUCAAUCAGAACUGUUGCAUCAUUCACGGGGGAGAAACAAGCUAUAUAUAACUACAACAACUCCUUAAAUAAGGCAUACACAUCCGGUGUACAAGAGGGUUGGGCAUCUGGUCUGGGUUUUGGUGUGCUUAUGCUUGUGGUAUUUUGUACUUACGCCUUGGCUGUAUGGUUUGGUGGAAUAAUGAUACUUGAAAGAGGAUAUAAAGGAGGAGAUGUCAUGACAGUAAUUUUUUCUGUGUUAAUUGGCUCUGUGUCUCUUGGGAAAGCAUCUCCAUGCAUGAGUGCAUUUGCUCCUGGACAAGCGGCAGCUUUUAAGAUGUUUGACGCGAUUAACAGAAAGCCGAAGAUAGAUGCGUAUGAUACUAAUGGGCGAGUUUUAAAAGAUAUUAGUGGAGACAUAGAACUGAGGGAUGUUUAUUUUAGUUAUCCCACAAGACCAGAGGAGCAACUAUUCCAAGGAUUUUCACUCUUAAUACAAAGCGGUGCAACUGCUGCUUUGGUUGGACAGAGCGGAAGUGGUAAAUCAACCGUUAUCAGUAUGAUUGAGAGGUUUUAUGACCCCCAGGCUGGUGAAGUUCUUAUUGAUGGUGUUAAUCUGAAAGAGUUCCAACUGAAAUGGAUCAGACAGAAAAUAGGCCUCGUCAGCCAGGAACCAGUUUUAUUUACAGGUAUCAUUAAAGAUAAUAUUGCCUAUGGAAAGGAUGGUGCAACAACUGAAGAAAUAAGGGCUGCUGCUGAGCUUGCCAAUGCUGCAAAAUUCAUAGAUAUAUUGCCACUGGGAAUAGAUACAAUGGUUGGUGAGCAUGGAACACAGCUAUCUGGAGGACAAAAGCAACGAAUUGCUAUAGCUAGAGCAAUUCUGAAGAACCCAAAAAUUCUACUUUUAGAUGAAGCCACAAGCGCUCUUGACGCAAAUUCUGAGAGAAUUGUGCAGGAGGCACUAGACAAAGUAAUGAUCAACCGAACUACUGUCAUUGUAGCCCACCGCUUGAGCACAGUAAGGAAUGCUGACACCAUUGCUGUAAUACAUCAAGGAGCAGUUGUUGAAGAAGGACCACAUUCUGAGCUAAUUAAGGAUCCUGAUGGAGCAUAUAGCCAGCUUAUAAGGUUGCAAGAAAUUAUUAGCGUGUCAGAACAUACUGGUCUAAAUAUUGAGGAAUCAUUUCCAAGAAGAAGUAGUGGUCGUCACUCAUUCUCAAUCUCAUAUGGUAUUCCUACUGCAAGCGGUGUGCUUGAAACAACACCAUUAGAACUUGAUAUUCGUGCUUUAACACCAUCGAAAGGGACUCCAGAAGUCUCUCUUCGCCGCCUGGCUUACCUGAACAAGCCAGAGAUACCAGUGCUACUUCUAGGUACUAUAGUUGCAGCAGUCAAUGGGGUAAUCUUCCCUGUUUAUGGUAGUUUGUUGUCAACUGUAAUCAAGACCUUCUUUGAGCCGCCUCAUGAACUCCGUAAGAAUUCAAAGUUUUGGGCAACAAUCUUUGUUAUUCUUGGAGUGGUAUCUUUCUUGGCACAAUCAUCAAGAGCAUACCUUUUUGCUGUGGCGGGUUGCAGGUUGAUAAGACGAGUUCGAGCAAUGUGCUUUGAGAAGGUGGUUUACAUGGAAGUAAGUUGGUUUGAUGAAGCUGAGAACUCAAGUGGUGUAAUUGGGGCAAGGCUUUCUACAGAUGCAGCUUCUUUGAGAGGACUUGUUGGAGAUGCUCUUGGUUUGGUGGUUCAGAAUACAGCAACAGCAAUUGCUGGGAUGAUUAUUGCUUUUGGUGCAAAUUGGCAACUUUCUCUUGUAAUGCUUGUUCUGUUACCUUUAUUAGGAGUAAAUGGAUAUUUUCAAGUCCAGUACAUGAAAGGAUUCAGUGCAGAUGCAAAGAAAAUGUACGAGGACGCAAGCCAAGUAGCUAGUGAUGCUGUGGGGAGUAUUCGGACAAUUGCUUCCUUUUGUGCUGAACAGAAGGUGAUGGAGUUGUACAAGAAAAAAUGUGAAGGCCCUAUUAAGACGGGGAUAAGACAAGGGUUGGUUUCUGGGAUAGGUUUUGGGCUAUCUCUUUUCUUACAGUUUUCAGUGUUCGCUGUAAUUUUUUAUAUUGGAGGUCUACUUGUUGCAGCAGGCAAGACAACAUUCUCUGCAGUUUUCCAGGUUUUCUUUGCUGCCACUAUGGCUUCUGUUGGACUCGCCCAGUCAAGCUCCCUAGCACCUGAUGUAAGUAAAGGAAAGGGUUCUGCUGCUUCAAUAUUCGCAAUUCUUGACCGGAAAUCAAGAAUAGACUCUAGUGAUAACUCCGGCAUGACAAUAGAAAAUGUGAAGGGAGAAAUUGAAUUUCACCGUGUCAGUUUCAAGUAUCCUAGUAGACCUGACGUGCAAAUUUUCAACGAUCUUUGCUUGACCAUUAGUCAUGGGAAGACAAUUGCUCUGGUUGGUGAAAGUGGAAGUGGGAAAUCGACAGUGGUCUCUUUGCUCCAGAGAUUUUACGACCCCAACUCUGGUCACAUUACAUUGGAUGGAAUCGAAAUCCAGAAACUACAGUUGAAGUGGUUGAGACAGCAAAUGGGGCUGGUGAGCCAGGAGCCUCUGUUGUUUAACGACACUAUCCGAGCCAACAUUGCAUAUGGAAAGGAUGGAGAGGCAACCGAGGCUGAAAUUAUAGCUGCUGCAGAACUCGCAAAUGCACACCAGUUCAUUAGUAGUUUACAACAUGGUUACGAUACAAUAACUGGAGAGUGAGGGGUCCAAUUGUCCGGCGGACAGAAGCAAAGAAUAGCUACUGCAAGAGCUAUUAUGAAGGCACCAAAGAUAUUACUACUAGAUGAAGCCACAAGUGCUCUUGAUGCUGAAUCUGAACGUGUGGUUCAAGAUGCAUUGGACCGAAUUAUGGUGGAUCGGACAACAAUCAUGGUUGCUCACCGGUUGUCCACAAUCAAGGGUGCAGAUUUGAUUGCUGUGGUAAAAAAUGGAGCCAUUGCAGAGAAAGGAAAGCAUGAAACUUUGAUCAAUAUCAGCAAUGGCAUUUAUGCUUCUUUGGUAGAAUUACAUGCAAGUGCCUCAUUUUAGAGAGCUCUCUAUUAAUCUUUGUGGAAUAAUGCAGUAAAAUAAGUAGGAGGAAAAGAAAUGUAAAUGUAACUUUCUUCAGAAAUGUA